ACGUCUGUCAAUGGAUGGAUUGUCACUCAGCAGAGGAUUGAUGUCUCGCAGAGUUUCAAUCAAAAAUGGAUAGAGUACAAGUCAGGUUUCGGCAUUUAUUAUAAAAACUUCUGGUUGGGUUUGGAGAAGAUGCACCAAUUAACGACCUCGGCUGAUUACAGGUUGAGGUUUGAAGUUCUCUUCAGUGGUAAAUGGUACUCCGAUGAAUAUGACCAUUUCAGGAUAAACUCAGAAAAUGAAAAGUUUUCCAUCGACGUUUCUGGAUACUGUGGAGAUAAGAGAGAUGUUUUAAACAAUCACAACGGUAUGAAAUUUUCAACUCCUGAUCAGGAUAACGAUCAGUAUUUUGGCGGUAGUUGUGCUUCUUUAAAGUCA